GCCUUUGGCAUGUAGUCAUUGAGCUUUGUCAGAAGAGGAUGGAAAUAUGGAUCCUCUGGAUGAACAGAUAGGGAAACUGAGGCUGGGAUGUGCCGGGACUUGCCUGGUAGCUCCUUCUCAAAGUGUACCUCACCUGAAAUUUCCAAUAAAAUGACCGCUUCAUUACGUUUCCGUAUCACCUCUUUUUCCGGAGACUCCGCACUUCACGUUCCGUGUAGUCGAGGCUCUCUCCUCCGUACCCAGACGCAGAAGGCGGUGGCGGUGUAGGCCGAGAAGGAGCAGGGAGCUCUGCCUUGUAAAUACUGUUAUUUGUAUAUACUGUAAAUGAUGACAUCGGUGGGCACGAACCGCGCCCGGGGCAGCUGGGAGCAGACACAGACACAGAGCCAGACACAGCACAAGCAGCGGCCGCAGGCCACUGCAGAACAGAUCCGACUUGCACAGAUGAUUUCGGACCACAACGACGCUGACUUUGAGGAGAAAGUGAAACAACUGAUUGACAUCACCGGCAAGAACCAGGAUGAGUGCGUGAUUGCUCUGCAUGACUGCAACGGCGAUGUCAACCGAGCCAUCAACGUGCUGCUGGAGGGCAAUCCGGACACGCAUUCCUGGGAAAUGGUUGGGAAGAAGAAGGGUGUCUCAGGACAGAAGGAGAGCGGACAGACAGAACCCAGUGAAGAAAGCAAAGAAAACCGGGAGAGGGAUCGGGAUUUCAGCAGACGACGUGGAGGGCCACCGAGGCGGGGGCGUGGUGCCAGCCGUGGACGAGAGUUUCGGGGCCAGGAGAAUGGACUGGAUGGUGGGAAGACUGGCGGAUCUACUGGAAGAGGCACGGAAAGAGGGAGACGGGGACGUGGCCGAGGCCGAGGUGGCGCUGGAAGGCGAGGGGGACGGUUUUCUGCCCAGGGCAUGGGAACUUUCAACCCUGCUGAUUAUGCUGAGCCGGCCAGCACAGAUGAGAACUACGGGAAUAGCAACAACACCGCGUGGAACAACACCGGCAGCUUCGAGCCAGAUGACGGCACAAGACUUGAUUUCAUUGGGGGUGAGGGGUCAAAUUAUCCCCGAAAAUUUGACACUGCUCCUGGUACGAUACAUCCAGGCGCGUGGAGGGCAGCGACAGAAGAAUGGGGCACGGAGGACUGGAAUGAAGAUCUGUCUGAGACAAAGAUCUUCACCGCCUCCAACGUGUCCUCAGUGCCUCUGCCUGCCGAGAACGUGACAAUCACAGCUGGACAGAGAAUUGAUCUGGCGGUCCUGCUAGGAAAGACGCCCUCUUCUAUGGAGAAUGAGUCAACGAACCUGGAGUCAUCCCAGGCUCCUUCCCUGGCCCAGCCGCUGGUGUUCAGCAAUUCCAAGCAGAGCGCUAUCUCCCAGCCGGCCUCUGGGAACUCCUUCUCUCACCACAGCAUGGUGAGCAUGCUGGGGAAAGGGUUCGGAGAUGUCAGCGAGGCCAAAGGCAGCAGUACCACGGGCUCGCAGUUCCUGGAGCAGUUCAAGACGGCCCAGGCUCUGGCUCAGCUGGCGGCUCAGCACACUCAGCCUGCUGGGAGCACCACUGCUUCUUCCUGGGACAUGGGAUCCACCACGCAGACCUCGGCUCUUGUGCAGUAUGAUCUCAAGAACCCAACAGACUCUUCCGUGCACAGUCCCUUCGCCAAGCGUCAGGCCUUCACGUCAACUUCCACCAUGAUAGAAGUGUUCAUGCAAGAGAAACAGCCUGUGGUGACUGCUUCCACCACCGUGCCGGCUCCCUCUUCCUCGCCGCUGCCCAGCAAAGCCAACCCUGUUCCCCAGAUGUCCCCUGGUUCCUCAGACAACCAGUCCUCUAGCCCUCAGCCAGCACAGCAGAAGCUGAAGCAGCAGAAGAAGAAAGCAUCGUUAACAUCAAAGAUUCCUGCGCUGGCAGUGGAAAUGCCCGGCUCAGCUGAUAUCUCAGGGCUAAACCUGCAGUUUGGGGCGUUACAGUUUGGUUCAGAGCCUGUUCUCGCCGAGUAUGAAUCGACGCCCACAACGAGCGCCGCUGCCAGCCAGUCUCAGAGCAGCCUGUACACCAGCACGGCCAGUGAAUCUUCAUCCACAAUUUCGUCCAAUCAAAGCCAGGAGUCUGGUUACCAGAGCGGCACAAUACAGACAGCAACGUUUACCUCCCAGAACAGCGCUCAGGGACCACUGUACGAACAGAGAUCCACCCAGACAAGGCGAUACCCAAAUUCAAUCUCCUCCUCGCCCCAGAAAGAUCUGACCCAGGCCAAGAAUGGUUUCAGUUCUGUACAACCCACGCCAUUACAAACCACGCAGGCCGUUGAAGGUGCUACAGGCCCCACAGUGAAAUCCGAUUCCCCUUCUGCUCCCAGUAUCGCGCCUCUCAAUGAUGGGGUAUCGGCGUCGUCCUUGCUGACGACCGCCAGCCAACACUCAACAGCUCUGAGCAGCCUGAGCCACAGCGAGGAGCUCCCCAGCACGACCGCCGCUCAGCUCAGCAGUACGUUACCGACGCAGCAGAACAGCCUGUCCUCAUCCACAUCCUCUGGGAGAACGUCAACUUCAACUCUUCUGCACACAAGUGUGGAGAGUGAAGCAAGCCUCCAUUCUUCUGCUAGCACUUUCUCCACCUCCUCCAGCACGGUAUCGGUCGCCCCGCCGGUCGUAAGUGUUUCAUCCAGCCUCAGCAGUGUCAGCAGCCUGGGCCUCAGCCUCAGCAGCAACUCCACAGUGACGGCCUCCACUCGCAGCUCCGUUGCUACAACGUCAGGAAAAGCCCCUCCCAAUCUCCCUCCUGGGGUACCACCAUUGUUGCCUAAUCCGUACAUCAUGGCUCCAGGGUUGCUACAUGCAUAUCCGCCACAAGUGUAUGGAUACGAUGACUUGCAGAUGCUUCAGACGAGGUUCCCGUUGGAUUACUACAGCAUCCCAUUCCCUACACCUACCACCCCGCUGACUGGAAGAGACGGCAGCCUGAGCAGCAAUCCGUACUCUGGUGACUUAACGAAAUUUGGUCGAGGUGAUGCCUCUUCCCCUGCUCCUGCAACAACCUUGGCGCAGCCUCAGCAGAGCCAAACACAGACUCACCACACCACGCAGCAGACGUUCCUGAACCCUGCGUUGCCUCCUGGCUACAGUUACACCAGUCUGCCGUACUACACAGGGGUACCGGGGCUCCCCAGCACCUUCCAGUACGGGCCCGCUGUGUUCCCUGUUGCUCCUACCUCUUCCAAGCAGCAUGGUGUGAAUGUCAGCGUCAAUGCAUCAGCAACCCCUUUCCAGCAGCCCAGUGGCUAUGGCUCACAUGGAUACAGCACUGGUGUAUCUGUGACAUCCAGUAAUACAGGAGUGCCGGACAUCUCGGGCUCCGUCUACUCCAAAACGCAGCAAUCCUUUGAGAAGCAGGGAUUUCACACUGGAACGCCAGCAGCCUCCUUCAACCUGCCUUCGGCACUGGGCAGCGGCGGCCCCAUCAACCCUGCGACGGCGGCGGCGUACCCUCCUACCCCCUUCAUGCACAUCUUGACCCCGCACCAGCAGCCCCAUUCGCAGAUCCUCCACCACCACCUGCAGCAGGAUGGGCAGCUUCCAUAUUUGCAGAUGAUUCUGUGCUGCCAACGCCAGCAGGAGGACCAGAGCGGCUCCGGGCAGCGCAGCCAAGGCAGCUCCAUCCCCCAGAAAUCCCAGGCCAACAAAUCCGCCUACAACAGCUACAGCUGGGGCACCAACUGAGCCCCCCGCGCCCGCCGCCCGUGCCCCGACACCAACCCCACUGGCCCCCAACUCUGGAGGAGCCCGCGCGGCGCAGCUCGGAGCAGGACGUGGCGGCCGUCAGCUCCGCCACCUUCUCCCCCUUUGUCUGUAAUAUAGAAUUUGUAUUUUUUUUUUCUUCUUCUUUUUCCUUUUUUUUUUUGGUUUUUUUUGGUUUUUUUUGGUUUUGUUUCGUUUUUUCUCUCUCUCCUUCUCUCUCUCUCUCUCUCUCUCUGCAUUCGGAACCGGGUGCCGGAGGGGCCUUGGCUGGUUUUGACUCCUUCCUCCCCUCUCCCCCUCACCUCUCCUGCCUCUGAAGGAGUGGAAGCCGCGGGGUGCCUACGGCGAACCCCCUUAUUAUUAGGAAUACGAGCAGUAAUUGAUAUGAACAGCAUUGUAAGAUGAAUUAGUUGAAGUGUUUUUUUGUACCGUGUUCUAAAUUUAAUGGAUAAAUGUGUCUUGUAUAUAAAAACCAAAACCCCGCGCCGUCCUCUCAUUUCCCGCUGCCGAGGGCUCCCUGGUUUCCGUUCUCCCUAUUUUUCAUCCUCCUCCCCUUCCCCCCUGCACGCUGUAAUUAUCUCCUGCUUUUGGGGUGUUUUGGGGGGAUUUUUGGUCUUUUUUGCAGUCCCCAUCUUGUAUUUUUGGGUUCAAUCCGGUCCCCGGGCGGGAUUUACUAAAGAAAAUAAAGAUCACAACGUGCUGUCUGGAUUUUUUAA